AUGUUGGACGUAGAAGACGACAGCUUUCACGUCACACGUGAAGGAUACUUCCAUCUGAGUGACUCAGAAUGGAAGGUAGUCGGCCGCAUGAGUGUGCUCUUGGGCGAACCCGCCAUCGGGGGUAUGUUGGAGUCUCCAAGCAGAGAACAGCAACAUGCUACUAUCAACAAGUUCCUACAAGAUAAACUUGCCGUCGAACGACAGAAGAUAGCCUUGCUACAGGAGCAAGGCUCUCAUCAGUCGAUAGGCGGGACGAAGCACACGCGUCGAGCCGAAACCUUGAAGAUAGAUAUCUCAAGGUACGAGGGAACAAGUAAAGAUUUUCUUUCAAGACGGUUCGUCGUGCUAGACGACGCCAUCAGGGCCCGUCACAUAGGGGGUAACGAGAUGCAAGUUACCUUCGCCCUAUCAAAUUUGACGGGACAAGCAAAGACUUGGGCCUUAGGGCUCAAGCUUCAAGACCCAAACUUGUUUGAGUCGUUGGGGAUCAUGAAGUCUCGACUCAAAAAGACGUCUGAGCCGCCACAAGCCGAGUUCAGAUCACGCUCUGCACUCUUGAGGCUCAAGCAAGGUAUGCGUGGCGUGCACGCUUACGCACAGCACCUGCGCUACCUUGCGAAUAGCGUUACGGAAAGCCCUGUUGAUGAGCACACGCUCAUCAACGCGUUCAUCUACGGCCUUGUGGAUGGGCCGGUGAAGACCUGCAUGUUCCAAGAGGACUUCCUUAAGCUGGAAAGGGCUAUAGCGUUCGAGGAACAAGAAGACUUUAGGUUGGGACAGUCUCAGGCUAACUCGUCAAACUAUCGUCCGACGAAACGACAGGAAAAGGAGGUCCCGAAACAAUGGACCUCUGUUACAUCGAGAGCGAGAGCUCUCGCUCUCUGA